ACUUUCUUUUUUCCCUUUAACCACCAUCAGAUAUUAACUAAGUUAAUGGUGUCGCUCAUAAAAGUGUCAAAUCAGAGACUGAAGGUAAAAUCAUGGACAGACAGAAAAUCAAUCAAUGCUCCAGACCACUACAAAUCUCUCAUGAGAAAACCUCAAUCUUAUGUAAGUAAUCAAACUACGUAUGUUCCAUAAGUCAAGGAAAACGAAGUUUCAUAGUGUAUAUUAGUUGGUCCUUCAAGAUGAACAAAAUCCCUCAUGAGAAACCUCAAUCAUCAUCCAUCCACUAUAGUUAACAUUUGAUUUACAAGAACUUGGACCAUUACCUUGGUCUCAAAGUCUUUUACAAACCUUAAUGGUCUGAGCAGAGUGAUGGUCCAUUUGGGAACUUUAAAACCAAUAAUGUCCACUAAAACCACUUCUGAUUUCUUCUAGGCAAUAGCUAGAUAAACUGUCAAGGAUCCUUAAGGAAUAUUUAAUUAUAUUAUUGAUUAAUAUUGUGACACAUGGUAAGAUAUUACUGAUUACUAUAUAUAAUAUGAAACAUAAUUUUAACCUAAAAGAAUAUUAUAGGAUAUAUACUUCAGUAGUACUACUUCAACAGAUAAUUUAAAAAUCCUUUUCUAGAAAUUUUCGAUACAGAACAAGACCUGUUAGCAAUUGUCCAAAUUCAUUGGAUAACUUAAUCCUAUAUGAAAAACUUACCACGAAAUAAUGGGAUAUUCUAGCUCAUGAGCACCAUCAUUUUGUUCUGCCGAGUCAGGUUUUGACUUGGUAAAUGAUAGAUACAAAUUUUUGUACCAAGAAACAGCUUCAGCCUUUUCUGCCAAUCUUGCAUAUUUUUUUUUCAAUUUAAUGAAACAAAUCUCGAAAACAACGAAGCAUAGCACUUUGGGACAAAGAAAAGCAAAGGGGGUAUGGACUUGGACAUUAUAAAUAACAGUCCCUCAACAUCUUAUUUCAUCUAAAUUCACCAAACACAUUUUAUAGUUCCUUGGAAGUGGUGUCCUAAUAUCACUUUCUAGCAUGGGUGUUCACACUGAAACAAAUGAGUACCCUUCUCCAAUCUCUUCAUCAAGGUUGUUUAAGGCGUUGGUUGUUGAUGAUUCCAACCUCAUUCCAAAACUUCUGCCACAUGCCGUGAAGAGCAUUGAACUCAUACAAGGCGAUGGUGGGGCUGGAAGCAUCAAGCAGCUUAACUUUAUUGAAGGCAGCCAGGUGAAAAGUGUUAAGAACCGGAUUGAUGAGAUCAACGAGGACACAUUUACUUACAGUUACACAUUGAUUGAAGGUGAGUCAUUGAAGGAUAAGUUUGCAUCCAUUGCUCAUGAGAUUAAGUUUGAAGCAGCACCUGAUGGUGGUAGCAUAAGUAAGGUAACAAGCAAGUAUUAUCUUAAUGGUGAUGUUGAGAUCAAUGAAGAGGACAUUAAGGCUAGCAAGGAGAAGGUCUUGGGCAUUUACAAAGUUGUGGAAGCCUAUCUCCUGCAGAACCCUGCUGUGUAUGCUUGAAUAAUUAAUUAGUGUCUACUUAAUGCCCCCAUUAACCUCACGAGACUGUUUUAUGGUUAUCUUUUGUAUAAUAAGGGUCUGCAAUGUUUGA